UUGUGCGCCUACCUUCGAUACUAAGAGCAACACACCUCACGUAAAAAUCCCUAUAUUUGGAGAGGAGAUUUUCCUCCUCCCCUUAUAUAAGCUAAACCCUUUUAUUUUUUACAAUUUUGAUGGGAUUGUGAGUGACUGUUGCUCAAGAGGAAGUCAUUCAUUCACCUACAUACUUGUUUCUCUGUUUCCUUAUCUUGGGUGUAAAACCCGCUAUGGUGGAAUGAAUGGCCUCCAGUACUAAGGUGACAACCAAAACUUAUUGAUUUAUUACUCUUUUGAUUUAUUAUUUGAAUUAUUUAUGAAACUUUCAAGGAUAUCCUAGGUUUAACACUGUCUAACUACACAAAUUGGGCCUAAUCUUUAUAUAGGUACUGAAGGGAGUUAAAUUCCAUUUUUUAUCUCCCCUCCUUUUCUUCCAAACUUUUUUUCCCCCCCCCUUUCCUUGUGUCCCACACCCUCCCACAAUGUCACAGUUUUCCGGCUUAGACUGGGAAAAGUUUUUGGAUACCAUUCAAAAUUCGUAUACCUCACAAGCAAAAACGGAAGUCGGACUCGACGUUUUCUUUUUGAAACUUAAAAGGUUAAUGGAAAGAAAGUCAAAUCUAGGGUGGCACAUUCGAUUUUUUGACCGAUAUCUUAAAGAAAAGGUCAAUCCUCAGGGAUUAAGAGUGCAAAUUUUCCCCACGUUCGAAAUGACCGAAUCGACAUUAAAAGAUAAAUGGGAGGAAAAUUUAAACACAUGUUCUUCUAACAUGAUGAUAAUGUUAAAGGAUAAACAUAUCAUUGAUCUUGCAGAAUUAGACAGAGAAAUUGAGAACUUACGAAGUUCGGGUAACCAUCUAAUUUCCAGUAGCGAAUAUCAGAAAAAAGAAUCAGAUCUGCUUGAACACUUAGAAAAAUAUAAUAAGAAUGUUAUUAUGAGAAAAGAUCAAAAAUUCUAUAAGGACCAACUAGCAUUUGCAGGAGGUUAUGCAUACAAAUGGCAUCACAACUCCAACCAGAAGGGAAAGAAAACUUUUAGGCGUAACAACCAACAUGAAACUACUGUAUAUAAAUCUGACUCAGAUGUAUCAGCUUCAUCCUCUUCCAUUUCUUCACAGAGAACUACUUCAAAACCGUUUCGAGGAACAGCAGGAAGAGGACGCGCACCUAAACGCGACCAUUACAUGUAAAUAAGGAACAGAAGUAUCAUGCAAGCCCUGAUGAAGCACAUCUAAGUGCGAAACUAGUUGGCAAUAUCGCAUCUACUUUUCUUCUAAUUAUA